CCCGAAGUUGUGUCAUUUUUGAAGGUAGUGACACUAUGGUAUCGACCGCCUGACGUUUUAUUUGGAGCGAAAUUAUACAACACUUCAAUUGAUAUGUGGUCAGCUGGUUGUAUUUUUGCUGAGAUUUCAAACGCUGGUCGACCGCUUUUCCCUGGCGCAGAUGUCGAUGAUCAGCUUAAGAGAAUAUUCAAGCAGCUGGGAACACCAACCGAUGACACUUGGCCUGGCCUUUCACAACUACCGGAUUUCAAACCCAUGCCGCUGUAUCAUCCAGCAAUGACGUGGGGUCAAGUGGUCCCUAAUAUGUCUGCAAGUGGCCGCGAUCUUCUUCAGGUGAUUCUUUUUUCCCUCCAAAUUUUGCCUAUUUCUUUUGCUGCUUUGGCUGCU